AUAAUCCUUAAUGUUUUUUAUUCUUCCGUUUGGUUCUGAAUGAGUUUGAAAUAAUUAUCUUUUCGUGAUUCAAAAAGAGCUUUUAUUACAUACCAAAGCCAAAGAUGAAAAAACCGUCACUGAGUUACGCAAUCUGAAAGGUGUAAAGGCCAGUAUUACAGUCAUAAACCAACUUUUUUUUUAAAGUUACAACUAGCUAUAAAUCUUCAAAUUUCUAAAUUUUUCUAAUUUCAAAAUAGUUGGCGAAAUUCGACAAGAACUAGGCAAAGUGGCCACUCGACUUACUACCAGAAACAGGAAUGGGCCGGAAAAUCCUAGAAAAUCCGAAUUUCGAAAAAAAAAUAUCUAUGCUGCGGUAAAGUGUGGGUAACGAACGAAAGGGAGGAGAAGGCAGCAUUACUUUCCGGUAUUGUUGUAGAUAAACUCUGACGGUGGGACCCACAGGGCAAGAUAAACAUAAGAACAUACACACAACCGUUUGCGUUGCUCCCAAGCCCACCAUAAGACAAGCGAGAGAAGAAUAGGAUGAUAAUGAAAGAAAAAGGGAACCGUAUACAUCCCCUGCGAAGUAUACUCGCCCCUACUACAAGAAAAUGUUGAAUAGUGCCAGGAAUUCACAUUUUUCAAGGAUUGGCUGUUUUUAAACUAUCGACGAGAAGGUAAGUGUUAAUUUUUUUUACCCACUUUUUACCGAAUCGAACGUCGAAUUCAAUUGGAAUGUUGGGGUUUGCAACUUGAAGAGCUGUUUUCAUUUGGAGUUUGUUUAUAAAAAUUGAGGUUGAGUUGCCAAAUGUGAUUCAGAUACCGGGGAUGUUUGUUUCCGUCCGUUGACAUCAUCCACAACGGAAUGUAUACACAGCGCUAGGCCUAUGCCUAUUUUUAUCUACGUUUUGAGAUUUCCGUUUCCAGGUCAUUGAAAUGUUUGUUUAGGUUCCGGAUCUUAUAAUAAGGUUCACGUACUGCGUUGAAAAAAAAAUUUUAUUUGCGUCAAACAAUAUCAAUUAAGCGUAAAACAUGCAUUCACGACAUUUCGCUAUUUAAUUGGCGAAUCGCGAAAUGUCGCCGAAUGAAAUUAAAAAUUUGUUUUUCAUUCGAACCAGUACCUAACGCCAUCUUUGAUUUAACGGAGUCACCAAAUUUAGUUCCGAUUAUUGAUACCAGAUCCUCGAACUGGAGUGAAAAUAAAAAAGUUGAAAGGGGCCAUUUUUUAAAAGAAAUCCCAUUUUCAAAAAUACUCCAAGACCUCUUAAGUCGGCUUGCAAACUGAGAAGCUGAUGGGAUACACGUAGCCCACUGGGCACUCUAGCCCGUCAGCAAAGAACGGCAAUGGGAAUGCCUUUUCAGUAACCAUAUCUGGGAGAUAUAUCUUUGGCUCUAUAUACAGGUUUUUCCAAAGUUAAAAGUCCUGGCUUUGAAAAUGAGAGACAAUAUAAAUAAACUUCGCCGAAUUUCCUUCGUCCGAAUUCAAAACGGGUCAACUAAUUUAAACUAAACCCCAGCUCUUUCCAAUCAUUGUACCGGUUAUGCAUAUUGCAUAGCAAGUAAACAGAACCCCAAAAUGCGGUUAAGAGAAAAAGUAUUGCAAAAUAAUUCCUCGGGCGUGACAACAAUCCUCAGUAGUUCCAUCAAACUAGUUUACUAGUGUAAGAAAAACCUUUUUAAAAAUCCAUUAUACUAUAAGCCAUACUAUGACCAGAUAUAUCUCUUGAGUUAAAGAGUGAUUGUGUUGCUAACCAAAUGAAAAGGAAAAAUGGACUAUCACUUAAGUUCAGAUAUUAUGGCCAGAGGCAAUCGACAAAGUCCUUAAGGUGUUUCUUCUUUGAGUUUGAAAUUUACGAGUUCUUUCUACCUGUUUUUCGUUGUUUUGGUCUUAUAUAUGAUAGUUCUCAGAUGCAUUAGACGUACGGUACGAUUUUUUAAGGAAUAGUGGUACAAAUAACUUUGGGAAAGGUCUUCAAGUUCGGACUCUCUAUACCAAAACAAUUGAGAGGGCAAUUAACCUGAAUUGCUAUUUUUUUUUUCCUGUUUACAAUACACAGGUAUAGUCCUGCAUGUAUUUUGAUCGUAAGACUAUGUACGCUUCUCACACUCUCGUAUUUAAUCGGGUAUUAUUUCAAUGGCCAAUAUUAAAUGAGGACAUUUAGACAAAGACUUUUUAUCAAUCAGGUUUUGCAAAAAUUCGAGUUCCUUUAUCCUUAACAGAAAAAGAAUAACACGUACUUUGAUAAGUGAUUGAAUCAUAUAAUAAUCCUUUUAAACGCCACAUUCAUGGAAAAAUCAUGUACGCAGGUUUAUGUAAAAACAAAAUGGAUAUUGUCAGUCCGGUAUAGCCAAAACCGUUUAUACUUUGAAGUAAAAUGUAAGAAAUGGUUGUUGUUUUCUGGGGGGGAGAUUGUUUUCAACGCUCUAUAGAACAGUCACGAAUUACAUCGGUGUAGAACCAAAUAAGCCAUGACGCAAUGGAGCGGACCAUUCGUUGGCUGGCGCAGAGAGAGAGAACCCAUGGCAGCCAGUGAUGUAACGCUGGCUCACACAUUAUGCUGCCGACCGUUGCUACCCCUCAAGGCGGCUAUAUACUCUCCGCUCUCUCCUUAUAUUCUUUCUCUCUCUCCCAUUUCUAUUCUUUCCUCUCUCUCUCUCUCUCUCUCUCGUCCUUCUUUAGUGCAGAGUUACACCAUCGUCAUGUUAUCUGUAAUAUCCUUGUCUGGGCGACUCAACGCUGCAAGGCUCUAAACUUGUUACAAAAGGACACGAAAACAAAAUCACUAACUAUACCAAAAAGUGUUGGCUCGGAGGCAUUUUUUCGACAGCAAGAAAAAACCUUUUUUGAAUCGAUUCCCGAAUUAUUAAGAGUUCCACUCGAGUUGUCGUUUGAUAUCAAGGUUUUUUAUUUUUCGGUGUAGAUAUAUAUAAUACUGUGUACCGGCCAACGUCUCUGACUGGAAGAGUGUGUUGGAAAACAGGUUUUUCCCUCGACCAUGUAUAUAUAUUCACAGCAAACGACCGCGCUGCCGUGAAAGCUAAACGCGGACACAAAGAAAUGGAAAGAGAAGACGACGUACGUGUAUAAAACGAUUCGGAUAGCAACUGCUGCAAAGUCUGGAACCCCGCGCCGUCGGACUCGGACCGCAUUUCUAACCAGCUGUUCCAUAUAUGAAGUUUAUCCAGCGACGUAACCAAGUCUGUGCUGCUGCUGCAGACCAAUCGCAUCGUGUGUGUAUAUCCACAACAGUCUCGCGCAACCAGCAGCAGAGUGCUGAAACAAAUAAAAGACUCUAGCUCAGCCUAGAGCUUUUUUUUUCCUUUUCUCUGUACAUUUAAAUGAGAUUUACGACCGAUACAAAAUCUACUGGUCGUAUUGGGUUCGAAGAAAACAACUUGUAAUAAUACACAGGCCAUAGUUUCAAAUGCAGCAUAGGGAGAGAGUCUAAUGUGGACACGGCUCUUAAUGUAAACUCAAAAACCUUGGAAACGUCAUCGUCUCCGUGGACGACUUCCAGCUAGGAGAGUGGUGGUGGUGGGGGACUCGAAUUUCAGUUCAAAGACCUUGAGGUAGGUUGCAAGAUAUGCGCCACAUCGUCUUCUUCUUCUUCAGCCAACAGCCGGAGGCUUAUAUACUCUUUCAACCCUCUUACUGCUCGCUGCUCGCAGCCGCUCCUCCUCCUCCUCCUCCUCGUCUUCCUGACUUUUGCUGCUGCUGCUCUUACUCGGACCUCUUUUGCAAGUCAUUUGCUCCACACUCUCUUUUAGCCCGGACACAACAGCGGAACGUGCUCGCCAGUGUCUGUGAGUCGUGAGAGCGGAGCACAUGAGUUUGCUGGGUGUGAGUAGACGAUACAAUUUGGAGUGCUGGUACGUUACACGAUGGCGGGCCCGGCACAGCAGCAAUCUCCACCAGCACCAGCACCUCCUCAACUUGCACCAUCAGCAGCGGCGCCCAAAACUCGACUCGGAUUGUCUCUGUCUGAACGGAUUAAAGUAAUCGAAGCACGGCAGAUGGGCAAAUCCAUGCGGCAGUUAGCUGCCCAAUUCGGCUGCGGGAAAACGCAGAUUCUCAAUACGCUUGCUCAAAAGGAGAGAUAUAUUCGCGAAUGGGAAGUGAUGGGACGGAAUAAUCCUUCAAUCGGUGCACGGAAACGCUUUCGACACACACGAAACGAACAGAUCAACCGCUCUGUUCACGAAUGGUAUCAACAACAGGCAGCAAGUGGCCUUCGGAUAACAGGCCCCAUGCUGCAAAAACAAGCCAGGCACUAUGCCGCUCAUUUAGGAAUAAUGAAUUUUGCAGCUAGCAAUGGAUGGCUUGCAAACUUUCGAAGAUUCUACAACAUCAUUAGCUGCUCUCCACAUCCAAGGAAAAGGAAGUUGGCUACUCCUCUUCAGCCAGAGAGAAAUGGAGAAGAUCACGAUCCGCAAGCCAGCACUUCAAAAUACCAACCCGAUGCAGAAUUCGUACCAGUUGGAUGUGAUGAAGCUACCAAAAGAUCUCCACAAAUACCACCUGACAACCCCAAUGAAAAGGAUCCGUUAUUGGAAGAAAACCACCAACGGGUAGUAGAUCCCAUUUCCACGAUUCGCAUCAAAUCAGAACCAGCAUCUGAAGAUGAAGAUCGUGUAGGAGGUUUUUCUUCCGGCAAUCAAUAUUUAGAGAGGCCAUCAGAACGAGCGAUCCAGCAACAAAAUUUAGUCGUGAAAGAAGAUCAGUCAUCAGGGAAAGUAGAUGGGUCUCAUCUUAUUGGAUCUUCUAAGCCAAACGUGAACUCGUCAUUAACCAUAAAUCAUCGUAAGCGUCGGCUCCUCCAGUUACAACUUAUAGACCAAUCAGCACCACCCCCCAAAAAUGAAGGACAUACAAAAAUAGCUGAAACCAAUCAGGCGAUUGGCGUGAUGGAAGAAAGAAGAUUGCCGAGACUUGACCCGAUACCCCCAUUAAAAGUAUAUUCAACUGAACUCCUGAAUCUUGCUCGUGCGAAAGGUUUGCUCACCGUCACAAUGAAAGAUGACUGUGGCAACGAGUGGGUAGAAAUUCGGCAUUCCAUCGCAUUCUACCGAGUUCCAAGCCAUGGAUAUCCGACACACUUGUCACGGCUCGUUGUUGACUCUAGUCUCCAAUAUUACCUCGAAGUGCUGGGCCACUGCGUCCAAAAAGGAUCUCUAAUCUUUGAGGAUGCCAGCUAUAGUUUUAAUUACACCGAAGCCGCUUCGAUUCUAGAUGACUUGAGCGGCGGGUACACAGUUUGUGAUGGCAUUGAACUUUUGUCAGACAGAGUUGCCGAUCUGCAUAUGAAGAACGUCCAAGAAUUGGGAAGUUCUGAAAACAUGUACGCAACACUUCCCGAUCAAAGGUUCCGAUCAACUGACUGUAGCGUGUGGAUUGAUAGUCGAAUUGGAUUGAAAUGUUUAGCAUGCAAGUUGGCGAGCAGUAAUUUUAUUGCUAACACUCCGAUGGAUUUACGCUGCCCAUCGGUUUAUAACUCGUGAUCCCAUUUUGACCACGAUUAUUUUAAAAUUGUUGAAUUUGUUUUUUAAAAAAAUAGUUAUUGAAUAAUCAACUGUGAUGGCUGCUUGUGUAAUAGCUUAAAAUGUCAGAUUUAUUCUAAAUCUGACGGUGAUUUGCCGUUAGAGAAAAUUUUACUGGUUGCCGUUCACUCGAUGAAAAAAGUAUCGAGAUUUGUGUAACUCUCCAGAAUCCACCGUGAUUCCAGAUCUGCAUUGAAUACAAUCCUUUUCUGCUUCA